UCGAACGAGCAGGCAGGCAAGUUGGCUAUCGCAACGUACUUUCUUUCAUCCUGGGUUGGAUGGGAGGGGAGCUGCCACAGCACAGCCGUUUGUUCUAUCAAUCGCAGUGGUCUGACAUGGCUGUUCAGUCCCAAGAAAUGCUCCCGCUUCAAGCAGCACGUUGUUAGUUUUCACGCGGGUUCACUUGAUUUCAGUGUUGGAAACAUUUGUGAAUAUAGUGUAGUUGAAACUGUGGCGUUCUGGUGAUUAUGUCGCAGACUGAAAUGGGUAUUUACGCUCGCUGUUGCAGGCUUUGCUUGUCUGAAAAUAAAGAGACACUCAAGUGCGAGGAAUCAGACAGAGGCGUUGUGUUGAGAGAGCGGAUACUGGCUUUCCUAUCGAUUGAUAUCAAACAAAAUGAUGCGUUAUCCAAACUGGUAUGUGAGGAUUGCUCCCAAAGAGUCAACGACUGGUGCGAAUUCAAGAAGAAUUGCCAAAGGAACCAGACCACACUUGAAUCUUGGGCGAAGGAUGGCGCAGAAGUGUCGACGGUCCAAGUGAAAGAGGAGGUUAUCGAGGAUGACACCCCUGCUGACGACGACGAUAUAGAAAUAUUGACCGACAAUAUCACAGUUAAAACGGAACCCGUCGAUUUCGAGCAUUACGAUGCAUCAAUGACUAAUGGUACUUCUGAACAUUCCGAAGAUGUUGGUGAAGCUGCCAGGGUUGAAGUCGCUGAACACGAGAAAGAAGCACAGGAAACAGGAGCACCAGUUGCGCUUGCAGAAAGAAGAUUCUCGGAACACAGUCAUUCUGAGAAGAUAAUAUUCGCUGCUGGGCUAAAACUGAUCAAGAGCGAUGCAACCCCUAUCGAAAUGGAAAAUCUGUCGCCAUUAGAAAGCAGUUACAUAGAAAAGUGCAAGGCUAUGGUUGAUAUGUACCGUUCGCUUAAAUGCGCUUGUCACAUGGCCACCCAUCCAAACUUGAAGGGACUGUUGUCCCACUUGAGAUCCGUGAAAAUUUGGUUCCCAGUUUUCACCUGUUACAACUGCAUGAUUACGUUCACUGACAGGUCAUCCAGCGGUAAACACAUCCACAAAUGCCCCAACAAGAAUCUCGACACGCUGGUGAAGCUGUCAAAUCUGAAGAAGAGGAGUAAUCUGAAGACGAGAAUUUACCAAAACUACAGAUGCAUCAACUGCAGGUUUAUUUUCGCUUUCCACGAGGACUUCUGCAAGCACGUCGACGAAGAACAUUGUAAUGAGAUAGCUCCAUAUUCCUGCACUUGCACACAAACGUUCGACUCGAUGGAGGACUACAAGGACCACAUAUACGUCUCUUGCAUGGUGGAGUACUACUGCGACAUAUGUAACAUCGCCGUGAGAACCUUGAAGGAAUUCAUCAACCACGCUCAACACCAACACGAUAACUCUGAAGGGUUCUCACUUCUCCAGGAGGACAACUAUAAAAAAAGAACGUUCCAUAAGGUCGAGCCUAGGGAAAACAAGGAAAUUUUGGGAAAGAGGAGGAGUUCCACUUACGGCAGAGCCCCAACAGCGGAUCACGACAAUGAAGACCAAGUUCCAAGUCCCAAAUAUUCCAGGAGUAGCAGGAACGUACCGACCAAGUGCCCACAAUGUGACAAAGUGUACUCUUGCCAAGCUAAUAUGCUGAGACACUUCCGUACCCACCAAGACGAAGUCAAGCAAGAGAAACCCGACCCUGAUGCCCUUGAAAACUCUUAUUACAGAUGCCCUGAUUGCCAAAUCAUGUACAACGCGGUAGACUGGGAAGCACACAAGGAAGCCCACGAGAAAAUCAAAUGUACCGAAUGCGACAAAGUAUUCCUGUUCAAAACUGAACUGGAGCAACACAGAGGCGUUCACUUGAAUCUCAAAGUAUACAGGGACUCGAAAACAGAUUCCUACAAGAGCACGAUGCUGAGUCCGAAUCCGGAGCUUCCAAUCUGCGAUGUUUGCAACAUCCUUUGCGAGAAUUUCGAGGACUUGGAAAGCCAUAAGUUGAGCCACGAAGAUCUGGAUGACGAGGGUGUACCUUUGGAAUUAUCGAAAUACUCGUGUUCGACUUGCAACAAACAUUUUGCGUCCUACGGGGAGUACAGCGAUCAUAAUCUAAAAUUACACGCCGAUAGGCAAAUUUCGAAUAGUGCGUAUCCGAGACAGUGCGAUGAGUGCGAUAAGGUGGUAACCAGUGGGUCGGCCUUCGCAAGUCACAAGGCUAUGCAUAGAAGGCUACGGGCGGAAACUGCGAGAAUAUCCAGACCGGCUUCACCUGUUGACAGGCCUAAAUCUAGAAAAUCCGGGAACCAAGAGGGAGAAGACUACCACACGUGCAAAAGGUGUUUCAAAGUAUUCUCAAGUAGGUACAACUUGAAAAUGCACAUGAAGCUACACGGUAUAAACCUGACGACUGGUAGAACAUCGAAAUCUCCGAAAAAAUUCCACUGCGAUAGAUGCGACAUAACCUUCGCCAACAACGACGCUCUGAAUUCUCACAUAGACGAAGAACACGAUGAUAUGCCGGAGUUGGAGGAAGACUUCAAUCACGGACCAUAUAUUUUCACUUGUGACGUAUGCGUGCAGACUUUCUCGAAUAAGACGGCUCUGAUUCAGCACAAAUCUAAACACCAUUCGCAAGAGGCUGGUCCGUCUAACAGUGAAAUAUCUUUCGUUACAUAUUGCAAGUAUUGUAAAAUCGGUUUUGAUAAAAUGGAGGAUUUGGACGCGCACAUGAUCCAAGCUCACUCUGUAGUACCAGUACCUUCAAAAUCUCCCAAGGUGGUCAACAAUGCCAACAAGGGAUUCAAUUGCAAAAUAUGCAAUAAGAGCUUUUCGUCUCAGCCGGCGAUGUACGCGCAUCAAGGUUGGCACAAAAGAACAAGUAAUGAGGGACCAUUGAACACUCAACCAAAGAAACAAGCGGUGAAACCUAGACGGGCAGAGUUCGAAUGCAACGUGUGCGGUCAAGAGCUGCCAAACGAUAUAGCCCUCAGGAUACACACAAUCGAAAAACACGGAAAUGCAGCCGCCUUGUUGAACCCACGUUGCGAACCGUGUGACCAAGACUUCGGAACCCAGACGGAAUACGAGAAUCACAUGAAACUCCACGAGAUCGUGGAGAACCAGAAGAAGCAGAAGGUAAGCUUCGGUUGUCAGUUGUGUCCUGCAUCGUUCAGCAAGGGAGAGACGUUGCAGGCUCACAUCAAAAUCAGCCAUCCGACCUACCCGCAGGAGUUCAAGUGUCCGCAUUGCGGGAGAAUAUUCGAUAAGCAGGCGUCGCUUACGAACCACGUGAAAGUACAUGAGAAACAGAAAGUCGUUGUUGGAACCUCUAAACCCCUGUAUUUUUGCUCUAUCUGCAGCAUGGGUUUCAAUGUACCAAAGGAUUUGAGAACCCACACCAUAACAGCUCAUCCUUUCUGAGCUAGUCGCAUAGUUUUGUAGGAAAACCAAAUGAAUUAAGUUUUUAUUUUUUAUAUGAAAAUGUGUAGUAUAUGGCAUUGUAUUAAUUUAUAUAUAAUACUUAUAUAUAAUAAAAAACAAAAAAAUUAUAAA